AUGCCCGAAGAAACCAGUGACUCUGAAGCAUCGCCACAGCUUUCCGCCAUGUCUGAAUUAACCAGUGACUUUGAAGUACUCCCGCAGCGUUCCGCCAUGCCCGACAAAACCCGGCGCUCUAAAAUACUGCCGCAGCAUUCAACCAUACCCGAACAAAACGGGCACUCUGAAUCAUCCCUACAGCGUCCGCCCAUCCCCGAGGGAAAUAGGUGGUGUUACACCUGUAAUAAAGAGAAGCCAACGGAUUCCUUUCGGGCACCCAAAGCUUCUGGGAAGGAAUUCUACAAACCGUGUGAGGCUUGCCGUACGAAGUUCCGAAAUGAGCAGACUAAAAACACACAGAGAUCGCGCGCUAAAAGGGCCAAGAGAGACGGAGGACGAGUUCGACCGUAUUAUCUCCCCGAGCCACCACCCCAAGCUAACACCCACCUCAGCGACUCACAGACUGGAAAUAUCUCUGAAAACACAAAAGCUGGACCGACCACCGCAAUGCCUGAGCAGCUGAAUCAUGUACACGCAAAUUCCGGUCAUCGUAGUUGUGUCACAAUUGCACCGCCCGUUGUCGAAACAUCUCCGCAAAGCACAACAACCACUACUGUCAUCACCUUUUCAACCACUAUCGUCUCCACAAAUGUGAUAGAAACCCCAAGCAAACCAGCGGAGAAUGCAAAGUCUGCACAAGACUACCCCCAAGAGGUCAAAGAGGAGGACCUAGAGUCGCUCUCAAGUGGGCCAGGCUCCGAGCUGAAAAGCGAAAUCAGUGGAAGUUCGAAUCAGCGUCCUGAAUUCUUUGGCUGUCUGCACUGCGAAAAACUUCUCCCGUGGCCACUAGCGGCGCUUCAUAUCUGUUUGCUCUGUAUUCGGGAGUGGAAGUGGUGCGUGAAAGGAGCUCACAAUCAAGCCAAGGUGAACUUCUUGUGGGAUGAUAUAGAGCACGAUGAGUGUUACGUGUGUUAUUUUGCGGGCAUCUGA